UUUCCCCCCACAGUGGAUAAUGCAUGUUCAUUGUGAUUUAUCUGGAGCCGGUUUCUUUUACACCCUCAGCUGAUAUAAAGUCGAGCGAGGACUGAGGUCGGAGAUUUGGGGAGCAUCUGGGAGGCAGCCUCUACGGUCCAGAGAGAAUGAAACAUUCGGGAACGUGAGCAACCGCAUGUGUCAUUGACGUUCCCAGUGAAUGAUCGAGGCUCGGGCUCUCUGGCAGGACUGUGAACCUUUGGCCAGCUUGGUUUGGCCACCUGGCAAAGAGAGGGUUCUGAGAAGCGAUGGUGAUGAGGGCCUUUGUCCUGUUGGCUGUCUUCGCGGAAGCCUCUGCGAGAUCUUGCACUCCGAAUAAAGCAGAUGUCAUUCUUGUGUUUUGUUAUCCCAAAACCAUCAUCACCAAAAUCCCCGAGUGUCCCUAUGGCUGGGAAGUUCAUCAGCUGGCACUCGGUGGGCUGUGUUACAAUGGUGUCCACGAAGGAGGUUACUAUCAGUUUGUGAUACCAGAUUUGUCACCUAAAAACAAGUCCUAUUGUGGAACCCAGUCUGAGUACAAGCCUCCUAUCUACCACUUCUACAGCCACAUCGUUUCCAAUGACAGCACAGUGAUAGUAAAGAACCAGCCUGUGAACUACUCCUUCUCCUGCACCUACCACUCCACCUACUUGGUAAAUCAGGCUGCCUUUGACCAAAGUCCUUAUGCAAAAUUCUCUCCCCUUUCCAGAGUGGCCACUGUUCAUGUGAAGAACGGGAGCAUGGGCACAUUCGAAAGCCAAUUGUCUCUCAACUUCUACACUAAUGCCAAGUUCUCCACUAAGAAGGAAGCCCCCUUUGUCCUGGAGACAUCUGAAAUCGGUUCAGAUCUGUUUGCAGGAGUAGAAGCCAAAGGAUUGAGCAUUAGGUUUAAAGUGGUUUUGAACAGCUGUUGGGCCACACCAUCAGCUGAUUUCAUGUAUCCCUUGCAGUGGCAGCUCAUCAACAAGGGCUGCCCCACAGAUGAAACAGUCCUCGUACAUGAGAAUGGGAAAGACCACAGGGCCACCUUCCAAUUCAAUGCUUUCCGGUUCCAGAACAUCCCCAAACUCUCUAAGGUUUGGUUACACUGUGAGACAUUCAUCUGUGACAGCGAGAAGCUCUCCUGCCCAGUGACCUGUGACAAACGGAAGCGCCUCCUGCGGGACCAGACAGGGGGCGUCCUGGUGGUGGAGCUCUCCCUCCGUAGCAGGGGAUUCUCCAGUCUCUAUAGCUUCUCAGAUGUCCUCUAUCACCUCAUCGUGAUGCUGGGGAUUUGUGUCGUGUUGUAGGAGAUCGCCAGAAAGGCGGUGACAUCUCCUCCACUCAACAUCAUCUCCUCUGUCUGUGACAAACUCCCAUGUAUCGUGCUGCCAACAAGAACAAACAGAAGAGCCUACUGUUGAGAUGCAGAGAACAGUGCUUUGCCAAUUACGUGUUCCAAUAAUUUUUGUGAAAUUCAGUGAUGGUCUUUGGUGCCCCACUUCCUCUUGUGACUUCCUGUGGCUCUGAGAUCCUGCAGUUCUUCUCCUGCAGCUGGUGGAGUCUCCUUUCCCCAUGCUCAAGUCAGGGCUGCAGUGGACUCCUGUGAAAGCUAUUCUAAUUUUAAAAGACUAGCACACCCAACCAAGCGCAGCUGAACAUUUUGAGGAGAAUGUAGGGCAUAACCACAAAGUCAGUGCUAAGUACAGAAUGCACCGGAAUAGCCAACUUUGCCAAGGGGGGCCUUUGUCAUUGAUGUUGCGCAAUGCUUAUUUAAGAACCAGGGCUUAGCUACCAGGCAGGGGUUCCCAUCGUUCAAAUGAUGAUGUGGGAAUCAGAGUGGAAUAUAACAGUUUUGCUCAAACUUGAGUAUUAUAAAGGAAAACAAUUCUUGAGAGGCCCCCAGUGCUAACCUAAUUUGUCUUUAUUAUAGUGUUUCUUAAAUAUGUAUAAACAUUAUAUACAUAUUAACUCAUUUUAUAGGUGAUAUAGAUUUCUAAAAUCAAAAGAAAAUUACAGAUUAUGUAGUAAUAAGGCUACAAAAGAAUAAUAUCCGCAUUAACAUAAAUUUAAGAUCAUAAUGUGGCAUUGAUUAAAUGAAACUGCUACUGACACACGACAUCUGUGACAGGUCCCGUGAAGUUUGUCAACCCAAUCCUACUGUACACCUUAUAAUGUUCAAUGCUCUCACCAUUUUUCUUUCUAUUCGAUCUAAGAAAUUUUCAUCUGUGCAUAAUGGUCUGACCUCAUUUAGUCUCUAACAGUUAAGCACAUAUUUGUUUUUGUCUCCUUAACUUGAUUGUUAGAAUGGAACCUACCAAAAGACUCAGAAACGCAACUGCAAAAAUGGCCAUGGUGCCACACCCUGGUAACACUGCCACCCCAGUGAUCCAGAAUGCACUGAUAUGAAUGAUUUACAUUGUCAAUAAAAUAAAAACUGAAUGAACCAAUCCUCUUAGACAGUUAACUGGCAGCUCGAGGAUGCACUGUUGACCCCAGAAGUUAGAAUGUGAUAGGAAAAGCCAGAGCUCUACGUUUUUUUCUUAGUCUUGUACAGACUUACUUAGUGGGCUUAUAAGUUGAAAACACAUCAGUUUGCAUCUCUGUGUUUAAUAUAUUUGAGGAGUUUUGAGAUCUGUAGUUCGAUGGGUCUUUUAUAGCUGUGUUAUGGAACUCAGAAAUUCAGUUAGUUCCCAAAUUUCUGGAAACACGGAGUACAUUUUUGUGGAGCAACAGACUAGAUUUAAAUGACUCAGUGUAGUCUAAACUGGUCUCAAAGAUGGAGCUCCAACCAACUGGGGUCUCUUCUUCCUGUAUAUAAUUUUUAUAAUCAGGAAGGACAGAAGACAUAUUGUGUGGUUCUAAUCAAAAACUCUUAAAUAGCAUACUUAGAGCCAUAAUCAAAUCUUUGGCAUGUCAGAGUAAAACAAUAUUAUAUUAGUUUUGCUUUAUUUUAUCAUAAUGUUUAAUGAUCUUGUAUUUCCACCUGGUACUAUGGAAUAAAUAAAAUGCCUUAAAAUAAUAA